AUGUCAUCAUCACAUCCAGAUAGAACUCAUCAAUUCACUCAUUCUAAUACUAAAAGAAGAGCAUCAAUUGUUUAUGGAUCAGUAGGUAAAGGAGGGUUAUAUUUACCUUCAGAUUUCAUUCCUACAAAGGACAACGGCCAUAACAAUACAUUUGACAAUGAAGAUGAAGAAGCAGAUAAUAAUAAUGAAACUCAACCAUUGUUACCUGAUAGUUUUGGUAAUUCUCCUUCAACAUUAUUAUAUAAUAAGAAAAAAAUUAGAAGGAAACUGAGUGUUAUCAAUCAUGAAUUGAUUGAAGAAGAACGUGAAUUAUUAAAAGAUAAUCAUAUUCCUAUUCCUGAAACCAAUGGUUCUACUAAUGCAAUUCAAGAUGAAGCUGUUGCUCAGGAAGAAGAAGAUCAAGAAGACAACAUUAUCAGGGAUACGUUUGAAAAUGCUAUUAUUAAUAAAGAAAUUCAAUCAACUACAUCAACAAUUGAGUUGAAAAAUUUAAUUAAAUCAUCAAUCCCAUUAGUUUUAACUUUUCUUUUACAAAAUUCUUUAUCAACAGUAUCAGUUUUCAGUGUUGGUCAUUUAGGUGCGACUGAAUUAGCAGCAGUUUCAAUGGGGGCCAUGACGGCUAAUAUUACCGGGUAUGCUACCAUUCAAGGUAUUGCUACUGCUUUAGAUACACUUUGUCCACAAGCUUUUGGAGCCAAAAAAUAUAAAUUAGUUGGGUCAUAUCUUCAAAAAUGUACUGCAUUAAUUUCAGUUAUUAUGUUACCUAUUUUCAUUAUUUGGAUAUUUUUCGGGUACGAUUUAAUUUGUUUAAUUCUUCCUGAUAAGGAAACAGCUAAAUUAUCAGCUGUUUAUUUAAAAUAUCUUACAUUUGGUAUGCCAGCUUAUAUUUUAUUUGAAUGUGGUAAAAGAUUUUUACAAGCUCAAGGGAUUUAUCAUAUUUCUACUUAUGUGUUAUUAAUUGCUGCCCCUUCUAAUUUAAUUAUGAAUUUAUUAUUUGUUAAACAUAUCGGUUAUUUGGGUGCCCCAAUUGCUGUAGCCAUAAAUUAUUGGAUUAUGUUUUCUGGGUUAAUUAUAUUAACGGUAUUUUAUGUUAAACCUGAAGAUACUCCACUGGGAUUGCAUCCAAUGGAAUGUUGGGGUGGCUUCAGUAUUAAAGAUGCUUUCCAUGAUUGGAAAAAAUUGAUUGUUUUAGCUAUUCCAGGAUUAAUUAUGUUGGAAGCAGAAUUCUUAGCAUUUGAAAUCUUAACUUUAAUGGCAUCUUAUUUAGGUACUAUUGCUCUUGCUGCACAAUCUGUCGGUACAACAAUGGCAGCUUUAACUUAUCAAGUACCAUUUGCUAUUGGGAUUGCUUCAUCAACCAGAAUUGCCAACUUUUUGGGUGCCGGAUUAGGUGAUGCCGCUAAAAUUACUACAAAAGUUGCACUUUUAUUUGGUCUCUUCAUUUCAGUAUUCAAUUUUUUGGUAUUAUUUAUAUUCCAAACCCAAAUUGCUAAAGCUUUCACUAAUGAUGAAAAAGUUAUUAGUGCUGUCACCAAUGUCAUGUGGUUAAUUGCUCUUAUGCAAAUAUCAGAUGCCAUGAAUGCUAAUUCUGCUGGUUGUUUAAGAGGUCAAGGUCAAACAAAAAUUGGUGGGAUUGUCAAUUUGUUCUCUUAUUAUGUUGUGGGAUUACCAUUAUCAGUAUAUCUUUCAUUUUAUUCACCUUGGAAAGGUUCUUUACAUGGUCUUUGGAUCGGUAGUACUGUGGCAUUAACAAUUAUUGGUUCAGUUCAAAGUUAUUAUGCAUUGACUGUUGAUUUUAAUAAACUCUGUGAUGAUGCAAGAAAAAGAACCAAUACUGAAAAUCAUCACAAUCAUGUAUAA